AGACAGUACCUAACCGCGCACUCGCGGUACUUUUCCUUUUUUUUAUUAAAAAAAACUAACAUAUCUAACUAGAGUUUAGUGACCGGAUAUUUUGUGUGAAUAAGGAUUUGGUGACUUUUUGAAGGCGGGCACUCUUAUCCAAGAUGGUGCACCUAAAAACUAUGCUGCUGGGAGUGCUGUUGGUGGUGACGCUGGCUGCAGCCACACCCCGCAGACACAACAAACGUGAUGCACCAUUAAGCUCAUCCUAUGGCGCUCCAGGAAUUGGAGGAGGCGGUGGCGGUGGUGGUGGAGGCUUCGGUGGACCUUCCUCGUCAUACGGAGCCCCACGACCAUCUUCCAAGUACGGACCUCCUUCAAGACUUUCCAGCAGCUAUGGUGCCCCAUCUCGCCCGUCUUCGAGUUACGGUGCCCCUUCUAAACCAUCCGGCUCGUACGGAGCACCUAGACCCCCAGCGACCAGCUAUGGUGUGCCAACUGGACCAUCAACAAGUUAUGGAGCUCCUAAAAAACUAUCGAGCUCUUAUGGAGUCCCUUCAAGCUCUUACGGCGCUCCAUCAUUCGGAUCAGGGGGCGGCGGCGGCGGUGGUGGUGGAGGAAUCUCAUCCUCUUAUGGAGCACCUUCACAUGGCGGUAGCGGUGGCGGCGGCGGUGGUGGAAUUUCUUCCUCAUAUGGUGUGCCCUCACAUGGUGGUCACGGUGGUGGUGGAGGCGGCGGCGGCGGUAUCUCUUCCUCGUAUGGCGCACCAUCUCAUGGCGGUAGCGGCGGUGGCGGAGGAGGAAUUUCAUCCUCGUAUGGAGUUCCAUCACAUGGUGGUAGCGGUGGCGGAGGAGGAGGAGGAAUUUCAUCGUCUUAUGGAGCGCCAUCUCAUGGCGGUAGCGGAGGUGGCGGUGGAAUCUCUUCAUCCUACGGCGCCCCUAGCUUUGGCUCAUCUGGCUCUGGCUCAUUCGGAUCAGGAGGGGGCAUUUCCUCAUCUUACGGCGCUCCUGGACACGGUGCGGGUGGACAUGGCUCAGGUGGAGGCGGCGGUGGAAUAUCAUCAUCAUAUGGUGCACCUUCUAGUUCAUACGGCGCUCCUUCGUUUGGCUCAUCAGGAGGUGGAGGCUCUUUUGGUUCCUCUGGAUCAGGAAUUUCGUCCUCUUAUGGUGCUCCGUCGUCAGGUUCAGGUGGAUUUGGAGGUGGAAUCUCUAGUUCUUACGGUGCGCCUUCUUUCGGUUCUUCAGGCUCAGGAGGAGGUAUUUCUUCGUCAUAUGGUGCUCCUUCAUCUGGAUCUCAUGGAGGUGGUUCCCUGUCUAGUUCUUAUGGUGCUCCGUCAUCUGGCGGAGGCAGUUCAGGAUUUGGGGGUAGUAGUUUUGGAAGCAGUGGACCAUCGUCUAGCUACGGAGCUCCCUCAAGCAGUUAUGGAGCCCCAAGUGGUGGCGGCGGAGGUCAUGGCUCUGGUGGAUAUUCCUCGGGUGGCGGCGGAGGUCACGGUUCUGGUGGAUAUUCCUCAGGGGGCUCUGGAGGCGGUUACAGUUCAGGUGGUUCAGGAGGUGGAUACAGUUCUGGUGGUUCAGGUGGUUAUUCUUCUGGUGGCUCUAGUGGAGGAUACUCCUCAGGGGGUGGACAUGGUUCUGGUGGCUAUAGCUCCGGUGGAGGUGGUUACUCUUCGGGAGGUUCAGGAGGUGGAUACAGUUCUGGUGGAUCUGGCGGUUAUUCCUCAGGAGGUGGACACAGUUCUGGUGGAUCCGGCGGUUAUUCCUCAGGCGGAGGGGGACAUGGAUCUGGUGGAUAUUCCUCUGGCGGUUCUGGGGGUGGUUAUAGCUCUGGCGGUUCUGGUGGUUACAGCUCAGGGGGUGGAUACUCCUCAGGAGGAGGAGGUGGUGGUGGUGGAGGCCAUGGAUCAGGAGGCUACUCAGCGGCAGUGCCAGCCACUAUCAGUCAGAGUUACGACUCUAGCGGCGGAUAUGUGUACUAAGACUAAAUUUCUAACUCAGAUUUAGUAGUGGAUAUCAGUCAAUUGCGCAACUCGCAAACUCUUAGUGGAAGUAUGAUCAGUAUUAAUAAGUUACCAUGUCAUAAUUCAUUUCAAGUUCAGAGCAUAAACUUAGUCUACUGUCCAACAAAAUUUUUUUACUAAAAAUUGACUUAUGCUGUGUUUUAAAGUGCAAAAGUACUAGCCACAUUUUUUAUCAAAAUUAAGCACAUUUGUCUGAGAUAUCGUUUUAAGGAAAAUGUAUUUGUCCAAAAGUUUUUUACUCAUUUACUUAAUUCUUAACCUAAUUCCCUUCAAUACUUUUUAGUCUUAAUUAACUUUCUUUUCACUUAGCACCAUUAUUGUAUUGUUAUUAAUAUUAUUUGUAUUUUCCAAACAAUUGUAUUGUUGUUUUUGUUGAAGCAAUUGGUUUUCUUUAUGUACUGGAAAAGUUGUCUCUCUAUUUAUUUACAAAGACUAACGAAGAAAAAUAGACUGAGCUCAAACAAAGAAGCUUAUAAAGAGAUGCCAAUAAUUAUGCUUGAGCUAUUCCCAGAUUGAAUUAAGCAAUCAAGUUCUUGGCUUUGUUUUGGGUUCUCUACAUCUUUUUUCUUUAGUCUUAAGUUUCUGUGAACUAAACUGCUAAAGCUUUUUCCAUGGCUGAAUUUAUUAUAAGUAUACGACUUUUAAGUAAAAUAUUAUGUAAUAGGUGAUAUUUAAUGUGUAACAAACGAAUGUACAAACGAAUAGUAUGUAAGUAUUAAUUGUUUUAUAGAAUAAAAAUUUGUAAAUAA